UCCUAUUAAUGGAUAUGAGAUGUGGCCUAGGCCAAGCACAAGGUAUUCUUUUACACAUCCAGAUCCAAUUGAGAAAAAAAGAGGUAGGAAGAGGAAGGCAUUAAGAAAGGAGGUUGAAGAGCUUGAACAAGCACAAGUGAGGGGCAAACUGUGUAGAAAAGGUGUAGUGAGCAUUAGGUGUUCUAUCUGUGGGCAAACUGGACAUCAUAAGAGGCAUCAUGGAGUUGAUGGAAAAAUAUCAACUCUUACUACAAAGGGUAAAAGAGCUACACCUACAAAAACUCAUGAAGGCAAUACAAGGAUAACAACUCAAGGACAAGGUCAAGCGAAUGCAUCUAAUAGCGAAGGGGCAUCUCACACAUCUAAGGGAAAAAGAAAGUUGAAUGUAGCAAGCAAACUUAAAGUGAGAGGAGGCAAAGGCAAAUGGAGCACAUAUGCAAAAAAAGACAAAAUCAACUAAAGAUUGAUGAUCUAUUUUGAGUUUUUUUUUUUUUUUUUUAAUUUGUUUGAGAAUGAUUUGUUUUAACUUAUUUUGGGUAAUUUAGACAGAUUUUUUUUUUUUUAAUGUUCAGCAAGAGUUUUUGAAUAAUUUAUUAGUGAGAUAUCUUAGUUAAUUUCUUUUUGUUGUGGUUUUAGUAAUACCACAAGCAUAUGUCAUAUUUGGGUAUAUAUUUUGACAAAGUUGGCAUAUUGACA